CUGCUGCUUGCUUUGUUCCAACUCCUGCUCCUGCUUUGCAAUCAUCGUCCACACGAGCAAUGCCUUCUCCUCAUGCUCGUCCUCCUCAGCCUCGUCUCCCUUCUCGUGCUGCUGCUGCCCGCUCUGCUUCCGCUAUCGUCUCUCUGCGGCAUCCUGAUACCCGUUAUUUGUUUCGGUUCUGUGAGUUAGGUGGACUUUGAGGUGAUCACCGUUUGAGCAGUAGUGAGUAUAGCUGGUAUAUAUGAGGAAAUCUGCGAGUAGGAGAGGACCUUGGUGAUGGGGGUUAGAGGGAGGAGGAUUCAUGAGGCUUUUACGGGGGCCAGCGGUUGACGAGGUGGGAAAAUUUGGACGGAGAGCAAGCAAGCCUAGGGCUGAAGCUAUGCUCUCAAGGGAUGGAACAGAACCGGUUGUCACCGAGCAGGUGGAGGCCUCAUCGGUACGGAGGCCGGAGGUUCAGCGGGAUGAGGCUGGGCGGAAUUGUGGUAUAAACAGAGCAAUUGUUAUAACUCUGUGGAUCACCACUAUAUAUUUGUUGCCAGGAGUAGCCACUGGUUAUCGACCUCUGAAGGAGAAGGUGCUUAGCUUUGAAGAAUCCUCAUGGCAUGAGCGUCUUUUUGCGGAAGGAAGUGGAGUGCAGUUGGGGCCGUACUCGGUGUUGAACAUCUCAGGAACCUACAAAGGGACAUGGUCACUUCGCAGCGGCAAUUAUGCGUCCAAGUUUCCCGUGUUUCAAAAAACGAGUGGAAAUAUAGUUUUUGAACUUACAAGCUCAGCAACUGACAUUUCUGGUGUACACUUUGUACAGGGAGAAGUAGUGCUGCGCGACGGUGUGUACAUAAGCGAUGGCGAUCUGCAAAUGAAAAUGGAGGGUGUGUAUGUGUGGCCCUUCCGCCAACUUCGCAUGGUCUUGAGCAGUGCGGUGGACAGUGAGAUGAAUCGCGGCGACGAUUUUAUUCAAUCCAGUCCCUACCACUUGCUCGGCAUGUUCUCAUCGCAGGUGGCACAAGAUACUCCUCGGAAUUAUGUUCGUCACAAUAAAAAGAACUCAAAUAUAAUGGAGAUGGGAAGGACAUGCAAGAUUCAGCUGAUCACUCAAAUAUCUACCAGUGUAUCAGAUCAUAAAUAUGGGGAACAUGAACGUCAGGUUUGUGAAAUGCAAGGGUUAGUGGAAGGUCCCAGUAUGGGCGACGAGCAAGGCGAAUGUUUCUCACCUCUUGUCGUAAAUGCUACGUCAGUGAACGUGGCUUUGUAUUAUAACAAAGCCGUCAAUUAUACGUUGAUGGUCACUUUUAUUUCCUUUCUGCAGGUUCUUUUCUUGAUACGUCAAAUGGAACACAGCAACACACAGUCGGGUGCCGCUAAGGUAUCUUUGAUGAUGAUAGGACAGCAAGCCAUCAUGGAUGCUUAUCUGUGCCUCUUGCACCUUACAGCGGGUAUUCUUGUAGGUCGGGGCUCAUAUACUAUAGCAGCGUGGAAGCGCAGGGAAGAGAUCAAUCAAGAAGAGUCGCUGUUCAACGCAUUUGCAACUGCCGCAUUCUUCAAGUUUGUUAUAUUUUCAAUCUUUGAAAUGCGGUACUUGCUUGCCAUUUGGAAAUCACGAAGGCCUGUUAGUUCUGGAGAAGGGUGGGAGACUAUGCGUCGCGAGCUUUCAGUUCUCUAUUCCCGUUUCUAUGGAUUUCUGCUGGGCGGCAUACUGAUUAUGUACGAGCUUCACAACAUGCUUCGCUAUAUUGUUUUCUUUUUUUACUCCUUUUGGAUCCCCCAAAUUGUGGCCAAUGUGGUUCGUGAUUCUCGAAAAUCACUCCACCCGCAUUACAUUGUGGGCAUCACCGUGACACGCUUGGCGAUUCCCCUGUACGUCUUUGGCUGUCCAAACAACUUCAUCCGUAUCGAAGCCAACGUCAGAUGGUGUGUUGGACUUACUACAUUCUUGGGCGCUCAAGCAGCUAUUCUUCUCCUCCAACACUACUGCGGAGCCCGGUGUUUCAUCCCUCGUCAGCUGCUGCCUGAGAAGUACAGCUACUUCCGCAGGGUGGACCGUGUUAAUGAACAGUUAGGAGGAGAGGAGAAUGCGCCUAUUGACUGCGUGAUUUGCAUGGCUGCCGUUGAUGUUUCACAGCGGUGUAAUGAUUGCAUGGUGACCCCAUGCGACCAUUUUUUCCAUACUGGCUGCUUACAAAGGUGGAUGGACAUCAAAAUGGAAUGUCCAACAUGCCGGCGGCCGCUUCCUCCUAUUUAGCGAUUUUAGGACGUAGUUUGUAAACUACUUAGGUUUGCCUCGCCACAACGUGUUCAAUGGACCUUGUGGCAGAUGGAGUGUUGCAAUGCUGCGUACCUUUUGGUCCCUGUGAAUUCUUUUAUCUCUUACAAUUUUUUUUCAACUGUAACGGUUUUGAGUAUCGUAAACGAAUUUGUAUGUAUGUUUCAGCC